AUGCCCCUGCUCGUCCCCCCUGGCUCCGCCCCUGGGGGUGGUAGAGAGACGGUGUCGACAAGCAAGGAAGCAGAUGCAGAGAAAGAGGAAAAGAUGGAGACGCGGGUCCGUGCACCAUCAGUUUCACACUUGUUAUUUGCUGAUGAUUCCCUUAUUCUGAUGAGGGCGAAUACGUUGAAUGCCACGUCACUCAGAAAUGCUCUAAACAUGUACUGUGCUAGCUCAGGACAACUGGUUAGCGAUGCAAAAUCCAGUGUGUUCUUCAGUCACAAUACUUCAGUGGAAGUGCGAACGGAUAUUUGUUCACAACUUAAUAUUGUCUCAGAGGCGAUUUCGGAUAAGUACUUGGGGUUACCGUCAAAAGUUGGAAUUGACCGAAGUGACAGCUUUCAACAUCUAGUUGAUAGAGUUUGUGCACUUAUUAAUGGGUGGAUCUCAAAAAUGUUAUCAAUCAGCGGGAAAGAAACUCUUUUGAAGGCGGUGGCACAGGCUAUCCCAAGUAUCAUGGCGGGUAUGAAAACCUUCAAGCUAGGGGCGAUUUGGCGACCAGGGAAUGGUGCUUCAAUUGAUAGUUGGUCUGACCAGUGGAUACCCACAAGCCAUGACCGCAAGAAAGUCGAGGACUUGAUUGAUCCAAUUUCUAGAAAUUGGGAUGAGCAGCUCGUGCGUGAAAACUUCUGGCCGGUUGAUGCAGAGAGGAUAUUGCAAAUUCCAUUGUCAUCUCAUGGACAAUCAGACUUCAUCUCAUGGCAUUUUUUGAAAUCAGGUUGCUUUACUGUCCGCUCAGUGUAUCAUAUUACAUGGAAAAAUGAAUAUAGGACACGAGCUCGGUUGGACUCGGGAGGAGGCAGAAUUGAUCCACAUCCUGUGUGGAAGUCUCUUUGGGGAAGAAUUGUCCCUCCUAAAGUACAUGUAUUCAACUGGCGGGUGUUACAUGGGAUCGUUCCGUGCUACUGCACAUUAACAGAUUGUCAUAUGAAGUCCCCUGUAAUAUGCCCAGUUUGUCGAACUACCCCUGAGGAUCUCCGCCAUAUGUUAUUUACAUGUGACAGAUCCAAGAAGGUGUGGGAGGAACUCGGUUUGAAACCUACCAUUGAAAAUGCUGUAGCACAAGAGAGGUCAGGUUCAGGUAAAGGACAGAAAAGUGAGGUGGGAGAGCAUGCUAUGGAUGCACCAUCCAUGGAUGCUCUUGCUCUACUUGAUGGCUUACGCCUAGCUGACAAUCUGGGCAUUUCAACUCUGGUAGUAGAGUCUGACUCACUAGAGAUUGUCCAAGCUAUCCUUGACCCAUCAGAUUACCGUGCUUCAGCGGCGGUUGUUACUGAUGACUGUCGAAAGUUAUUGACUGCGUUCGGCAGGGUGACUGUUGUUCAUUGUGCUCGGGAAGGUAAUGCGGCAGCGCAUGGGCUUGCUCGGGCUAGUUACGGAGGAAAUUAUUCUGGGAAGUGGCGAGAUAAACCUCCUGAUUUCUUACUCCCCUUCCUUGUAACUGAUAUGAUUAUUGUUUAA